AUGAGGGGCACAGCUGCACGCACACAGCGCGAGAGUCGGAACGACGAAGAGGGGGUGGGGGAGGAGGAGGGGGGGGCAUGUAUGAUGCCGGGUGUGGAGCAGGCCCAUGUACAGCAUCGCCCAAAGCGCAUUCACGAGCGUGUCCUCUGGACAGGCUGGUGGUUCGCCGCCCUCCUCCCUUUCCUUAAGAUGUUGGAUCUCUGCCCUUCCCCAGGCUCCUUUUUCGUGUGGUUGUUUGUGGUGACGCACCACUUCAGGUGGCGCGACCGCCUCUUUUGUGUGCAGUGGUGCCUCCAUGAAGGAGUUGCAGCACUGUCCACACGACCGCCUCUUCUCCCUCCACACACACGCACACACACACACACACACCGCGGCGAACGCACGUACGCGAGGACAGUCGUAGGGAGUGAUGCCCCCAAAAAACGGAAUGCACAAACAAAAAGGGAUCUGCGUGACCAUACUAAAGCAAUUAGACCUGUGGUGGUUGUGCCGGCACGCCUCUGCGACGCGAUAUCGCGUGUCCUCCUUUCAUCAGAGGGUAUAAGACGUGGGAGCGCGGGGCUGUUGUGCGCAUAA